UUGCUUAUAAGACGAAUCAGCGCCACAUCUGCAGCAACAUUCCGAGCUAAUACCAUCCGGUGAAGAGAGAGUGUCAAAUAGGAAUUUUGUAAUAAAAAUAAAAUGAAGGGAUACUUGCUUUUCUUUUUCAUCAUCGCGGCAUUUUUGGCAAUGUCUGCCGCCGCCUGUAGCAACUCGGACUGUUCAAGCGACUGCCGCGGCUCCGGACGCCACGGAGGGCAGUGCAUCCAGGGCCAGUGCUACUGUACUGGACAGGAAGUCCGAUUUUAAACACCUUCAAUACCUUCAUCAUCAUUAUCAUGUAUUGUCAGCAUUUUAUCGCCCGCUGCUGAGCAUAGGUGUCUCUUUCAGUACGCCAUGUAUCCCGGCCCUGAGCUAUUCUCAUCCAGUUGUGACCCGCAAUUUUGCGGAUGUCGUCCACCAAACACCUUACCAGCACCUUACACCACGCGCUUUGGACAAUCUGCUUCUAUCACAUCAUUGGCUUCUGCAUUUCUGACGGAUGAUUUUUGCAGCGAUUGAGACGACCAACACAUUUCCGCCUAUGACUGUACAAGCGUAUCGAUAUCACACUCAGUAUAUAUCAACAUCUACAUACACGUGACGUCUUUCGUAUCUCAUUAUAAAACGUAAUUUAUAUUAGUUACCACUGUUGUUAAACUCUAUCCCCCUUAUUCAUAAACGUUGACUAUAAGUUAUCAAGCCGAUAAAGUUCGUUUGUCCCUUUCCGACGUAUUUGUGUGAUGGAAAGGGACAAACGAAUUUUAUGUUGGCAGUUAAGGAGGGUUUAUUAUUUAUGAUUGUGUAAAUAAUGGAAAAUGUAGAAAAGGAAAUUUGUGAGAAGCUUGCCUUUUGUAACUAAUGGAAAUAUUUUGGCACAAACGUUUAUUUCAGUAAAUCAUUUAAAUGUCUUAGAGCGCAAUCAUGUAUAUACUACUAAUAUUAUAAAUAUAUUUGUAAAGCGAA